AUGUGAAGUCUUUAAAUGUACGAAAUAUCUUGCAUUAUUCUAUACCGCAGAUACUUGUCUUUUCAGACGCCAGCCACAUCGGGUGUGGAGCUUGGUCAGCAGAGUGUGGCGGACUCAAAUUCCAACACAUCUGGUCAGAAGAAGAGCAAGGACAUUGACUUCAAAGACACACUCACGAGAGUUUUAGAAGCUUCCCGGGCAGAGAGCACGGUCAAGAAAUAUAAACGUGCAGUAGAAGCAUGGAAUGCGUGGUGUAGAAACAGUGGCACGUCAUGUCAAGACUUAUGUCAAGAAAGCAUUGCAAGUCUUGACUUAGAGAGAGCAGAGAAAAUGUCUUGUCCCUGCAGCUGAAGUACGGUGCCUCUCAAGGUAAUAUAAUUCUAAUUUAUUAAUUAUAUAAUGUAUGUUUCUUUUGCAAAGAAAGAGGCUCAAUAGGAAAAUAUUUAUUUCCGGUUGAGCUAGCGAAUUAGGAAAUAAUGAUGUUUCCUAUUGUUGGUUACGUGCUUUGCAUUCCAAGUAUGCAAAUCAGUUGGAGAGGCGGGAAAGUUAAACUGUGUGCAGUCAUGUAAGAGUAGUUUGAAUCAUUGACCGUUUUCAGCACGCAGCGGACAAGUCACGCUUCU